GGCCGGCCGCUGUCCGGAGCUUGCCGUGACUUUCACCGUUGGCUGUUGCUGCCGUGGCCGGGCUCGGGCCCGUUGCCCACCCCGAUGGAGCUGUCCUGCGAGGCGCUGAGAACCACCUACCAGGCGAGGGAAGCGGAUGAGAUGCGAACAGAAGCUCGUCGAAAAAAUCUCCUCAUUCUAAUUCUGCAUUAUUUAAUGGAGAAAGGGUACGUUGAUGCUGCAUAUGCUUUGGAGCAAGAGACGAAAUUAAGUUUACGUGGAUUUGAAGUUUGUGACAACGUUGAUCUUGAGACAAUUUUGAUGGAAUAUGAAAGCUAUUACUUUGUAAAAUUUCAGAAGUAUCCUAAAAUUACCAAAAGGGUCCUGGACACUGCAGAAAAUAAACAACAGCUGAGAACUAGGGGAAGACCAGGAAGGGCAGCGAGCUCUUUUCAGAACCUCCCAAGACUCAGACAUCAGACAGUGCAGCAACCAUUGUUAACAACCUCAACUGGAAGUGCAACAGAAUUCAAAUCUUCCACCAAGGAGAGCCCCAAACAGAAUAAUGACAGUGCAGUUACUCUGGAGCAGUCUGACUUUGGCUUAAACAUCUCAGCAGUCAGCAAAAGCAGAGGAGAUGGCACUCACACAAGAAGGGGGCAGGUAAUUGACUUCCAUGGAAUGAUUCAGGAUGCUGUCAAAGUAUCAUCAAAUGUCUUGAACAGCCUUAACUGUGAUCCGGAUCCAUCAGAACGAUUAUUAAAACCCCUUAGUGCUCUUAUUGGCAUGACUGGUGAAAUGAGAGAACUUGCAACAGUUGUAAGCAAAGACAUUUAUCUCCAUAAUCCAAACGUGAAGUGGGAUGAUAUUAUUGGGCUGGAUGCGGCUAAAAGACUAGUCAAGGAAGCAGUUGUUUAUCCCAUAAGGUACCCACAGCUGUUUACUGGCAUUUUGUCUCCUUGGAAAGGAUUAUUGCUGUAUGGACCACCAGGUACUGGGAAAACUUUGCUUGCUAAGGCUGUUGCCACAGAAUGCAAUACAACUUUUUUCAACAUAUCAGCAUCCACCAUUGUCAGCAAAUGGAGGGGCGAUUCAGAAAAACUUGUCCGGGUAUUAUUUGAGCUUGCCCGGUACCAUGCUCCUUCCACAAUUUUUUUGGAUGAGCUCGAGUCAGUUAUGAGUCAAAGAGGCACUGCUUCUGGUGGUGAACAUGAAGGAAGUCGGCGGAUGAAAACAGAAUUACUGGUACAGAUGGAUGGCUUGGCCCGAUCUGAUGAUCUUGUAUUUGUUUUAGCAGCUUCCAAUCUGCCAUGGGAGCUGGAUUCUGCCAUGCUGCGGCGGCUGGAGAAGAGGAUUUUGGUUGACCUCCCAAGCAAAGAGGCACGGCAGGUGAUGAUCCAGCACUGGCUGCCUCCUGUGAGCAACAGUGGAGGAGUGGAGCUGAGAACAGACCUGGACUACAGCUUGCUGGGCCAGGAAACGGAUGGGUACUCCGGCUCUGACAUAAAACUCGUGUGCAAGGAAGCAGCCAUGAGACCUGUGAGGAAAAUCUUCGAUGCUCUAGAAAAUCAUAAGCCAGGUAACCGUAACUUACCCAUGAUCCAACUAGACACGAUUACCACAGCAGAUUUCCUGGAUGUGAUCACCCACACCAAGCCAUCAGUGAAGAAUCUAAGCCAGAAGUACACUGCUUGGCAGAGAGAAUUUGAGUCAGUUUAAAAAGGAAAAAAAAAAAUAACCCAAAGACUGAAAACUUCCAAGACUUCUGCUAUCCAAGUGCUGUUGUUUCCAGGAAAGAGGUUGCAGAGACAGAAGUCAGGGGGAAAUCUUUGCUUUCAGAAAUGGUGAACCUUUUUGAAACCUUCUUUUAAUGGUGGGAGGUGCGGUGUUGGUUAUUUUUUAUUAGCUAUUUUUAAUUACCAUUCCAGAAACACUCUUCAUGGAAUUAAU